AGCCUGCUAGUACCCCCAGUAAGGUUCUUCAACAAAGUGGUGGAGAAAUCCGCUUUCUUCCCGUACCAUUUUAUGUCUGGUCGUGGUCGUGGUCGUGGUACUCCGCAAAGGCCCAACGGAACUCUUCGUCGACCUAACAGCCUGCCAUUAGUCCUGAUUAUCCACAGGCUUAAAGAAUAUCUGUACGAAGGAGGAGUGCCGCGGGUACCACAAGUAAGCCCACCGUUUUAACUCCCAGCAGAGAAGAACCAGCGCGUUCAAGCCGCACCUUGUUCGGGCGUUGACCCGAAGAAGAUCUUGCACUUUCUAAACCUCCUUACAGACCAUUCAAGUAGAAGCAGGCGCUUGUGCGUCGAAGAACCACACAAAAAGGAAAGGACGACCGAAGAAAGGAAUACUGAAAGACCCAAGCCAGGAAAUUGUAAGCGAACAUUAUGAUUCAAUUAUUCCAGUAUCUCGGAUGUAUCGUUAG